CGUUCUUCCGUUUGAGGUGUCGCUUCUGCUGUAGAUCAUGGACAUGGGGAAUGCCACAGCAGGGUUCAUUCUCCUGGGACUCUUUAACAACACCAGAGCCCACCUGGUUCUCUUUGUGCUGGUUCUGACUGUGGCCCUCAACUCCAUAGUAGGCAAUGCCCUCCUGCUUCUCCUGAUUCACCAGGACCGCCGGCUCCAUACACCCAUGUACUUUCUCCUGAGCCAACUCUCCCUUAUGGACAUGAUGCUGGUCUCCACCAUAGUGCCCCAAAUGGCAGCUCAUUAUUUAAUGGGCAAGAAGUCCAUCUCCACUGCUGGCUGUGGCUUCCAGAUCUUCAUCUUCCUUACACUGGAAGGUGGAGAAUGCUUCCUCUUAGCAGCCAUGUCCUAUGACCGCUACGUGGCUAUCUGCCGCCCACUGCGCUACUCGGUUCUCAUGAGCUGGCAGUUAUGUCUGAGACUGAGCUUCGGGUCUUGGCUCCUGGGAGCAGCCGAUGGAGCCAUGCAGGCCGCCGCCACCCUGAGCUUCCAGUUUUGCCGAGGGAAUGAAAUCGAUCACUUCUUUUGUGAGGCCCCUGUGUUGUUGCGCCUGGCUUGUGGUAACACGGCUGCCUUUGAGUUUGUCAUGUACAUCUGCUGUGUGCUGAUGCUCCUGGUCCCCUUAUCCCUCAUCCUGACGUCGUAUGGCCUCAUCCUGGCCACUGUCCUCCGAAUGAGAUCCGUGGAAGCCUGCAAGAAGGCCUUUGCCACCUGCUCCUCGCACUUGGCAGUGGUGGCCCUCUUUUUUGGAGCUGCAAUUUUCAUCUACAUGAGGCCCACAUCUUCCAGGUCAGCUAACCAUGACAAGAUUGUGUCAGCAUUCUACACUAUUGUCACCCCCAUGCUGAACCCCCUCAUCUACAGUCUUCGGAACAAUGAGGUCAAGGACAGCCUGAGGAAGCAUGUAGCCCACUGUGCUCUCCUAACUAGAAAGGAUGCCUUGGUUUGCUUGGAUUUGGGUGGUUGUGCAAAGAGGAAAGGUAUACAGUAGCCCCC